AUGGGAGCCGCCGCAUCUGGAGUCAGCACUCAAAUGCAAGCGGAGCAUGAUCCGAAUGCCGCGUUUCCAUGGUGGGUUCGCUUCCUGGCCAAAGGAGUCGCCAUUCUCGGAGGCUUCCUCUCGCUCUUCUUUGGAGUUCUCGGAUUGAUCACGCUCUCGGCGACGUGCAUGGUAGCCAUUCUUCUUCAAAUGACCGCCGGAGCACUCGUCAUUGCGCUCGAAGCACCGUUCUGCUGCCAAUUCGUGGACUUCAUUGAGAAGAUUGCCCGUUUCAGCGAGUCCCGUGCGUUGUGGCACAAAGCCGCCAUCUACGGAAUCAUGGGUCUUAUCCCAAUCUUCCUGUGCAUCGAGCUCAAUACCAUCCUCGGAAGUGGAACCAUCUUUGCUUCAGGUGUCAUUUACGGAUUCAUGGCUCUUGGCAAGAAGGCUGAUCGUAACAACAUGAUGGCCGCUGGAGACCCGGCAUGGAGCCCACAGGUCAACCAAUCCAACAUUCCAUAA